GAAGACGCUGUUUAGGAAAAAUGUUGGCUAUAACUUUAGUUACAAAUUUGAUACAUUUACAAAACUAACCACUGGGGAGGAUAACCCUCAUGGACCCGACAUGUUACAUGAUAAGUUCUUGAGUACGCGAGGGUGGUAAUCGCAGGAUCGGAAUAUUAGUGCUAAAACUUAGCACCGGUAAUUGGAGUCGGUAGCCAAUGCAAUUCUUGGCAGCUUUUUCUCAUUAAUUGCUAAUAAUUAAAUAUUUACGCUUGGGUUGGCCGAAAGGGGCCUGAUAGAGGGGGGAGGUCAGUGUUUUUUUUUCUCUCUUCUUAAUGGAACGGACAUCACUGAAAGUUGUCACUUUCCAGGGAUAUAGCCGUGUUGACCACUAGUGUCCAGUCCUCAGAGCUUGUUGGAUUCAGAGAACAGUUACACUAUCUGAAAACAAAAACAAGAUUCAAAGACAGCACACGAGGAUGUUGCCACGUGACCAGGCGUGAUUGAGAGUAUCAGCAGUGAGAGACAAGAAAAUGCUGACCUCUAGAGUAGUGAAGAAAACCACCACGGCGACCACUCUGUCCGAAAUGCUGGACGACGACGUCGAGAUCAGCGCCUUGCACCCGGAUGGCGACGAUGCGGACAAAUUGACCUGCUCCUCGCCUGACCACAGCUCACCGUCUAACCAGGUAUCAAGCAGAAAGUGUGAGACGAAAAUGGGUGACGAUGCCUCGAGUGUCAACCAAGUGUCGAAGUAUUCAUCAAGCCACAAAGAGAAGCGCCCUCAGGUUGAAGCGUGCAAGAAAGAGAAACACUCUCACGUUGAAGCGUGCAAGAGAACCAGACUAGAGUCUAACAAUGUGGAGCAUAAUGACAAUAAAAGAAUAGAGCUUACUUCCAGCGUUCCAGAUCAUUCACAAUUGAUUUCUGACGACGCUGAAGUUACAUUAUCGUCAUGGCCGUCAAAAAAAUCUUGUGAUCCAAUGCAUUUUCUCUCAAAUCCAUUUGAGGGAGUUUUAAGAACUUCCACAUCAAAUCUACCGCCAUAUUUUGCCAAUAAUGACAAUCACGAUGUUUCAUCAGCUGUGUCCAGCAAAAGGGAUUCUGUGGAUGGACACAGUCGGACAUUUCCUUUCUCGUCUUCCACUUCACCUCCGUCCACAUCGCCAAGCCGAAACGACGGAAAUCUCGAGCCAACACCUGUAAAUUUCAGGUUAGGUUCUUCGUCGCUCGGGCUCUUCCAGUCGCCUCAUCUGAAUUUCUUUCAGCGUGAUCCUUCCAGGGAAAACCCUGGCGCCGAGCCCAGCAAACUUUUCUCGUACACCUCCAGCAGGCGAGCAGAGUCAGAACAUGAGAUAUUGAUCAGUGACUCCGCGAGGCGUUCGUCUUCUUUCUCGUCUGAAGACUUCAAGGACAGUUAUGAGGAAAGACAUGUAGAAGAAGGUGAUUACCAAAGAGGUACUAGACUAAUGUCUAGUCCAACAUCUUCUUACCAUCGCUUCACUCAGCAACAAAAUAAGUCCAGUGACCGUCCCUCGGAUAUUGCGCAAAAGAAAUCUCCUAGAACAUCCUUCCUGAUUUCUGACAUUCUUGGAGAUAAAGAGAAUCCUAAAGACUCAGCAGUACCAGAGCCUCGCACGGAGCUCAGAUUUCCUCCUAUAAACCUGGGAGGACGCUUUUCCAAUUUUACUCCAGUAAGACCUAGUUUAUUUCAUGCGUCCCCGUUUCUCCCAUACCCUGGGGUCAGCUCACGGACUCGCGAAAUGCACGCGGCAGCGGCUGCAGCUGCUGCUAGCUUAGUGGGAGACACCAUCUGCCAUGACGAUGAGAUGAAUGGAGACAAUGAAGAUGAUGAUGAUGAUGAUGGCCGAGACCAUGAUUCAGCCAGUGAAAAAAGUUUUGAUCAUGAUCUUAACGGCCAACAUGGAGACCUCGGCUCCUCCAUGGGUUGCAAGUCAAAGAAGCCCAGAAAAGCCAGGACUGCCUUCACUGACCACCAGCUGUCUGUCCUGGAGAAAACGUUUGAGAGACAGAAGUACCUGAGUGUCCAAGACAGGAUGGAACUGGCAUCUAAACUCAACUUGACCGACACGCAAGUCAAGACAUGGUACCAGAACAGAAGGACCAAAUGGAAACGUCAGACUGCAGUGGGACUCGAGCUGUUGGCCGAGGCUGGAAACUACGCCGCUGUCCAGAGGAUGCUUCAAACUAACCCUUACUGGGCGUCCUACCACCCUCACGCCGCCGCUCUUCUCUCUAGCAUGGACUCCCUGUACUACAGGCACGGCGUGACGUCACUUCCCAUGACCAGCAGACCCGUUCUUCCGCGCAUGCUCCUGCACAACAUGCAACAACCUGUGGCCCCCUUACCGCCACCCCACCAUUAGUAUUUUAUCAUUUUAUUGUAUACAUUACAUUUUUCUUUCGCAAUUUUAAAUGUACAUAAUGUAUAAACUUUAUUUUUUGCCUAUUUAUUUCUCCGAAGAUUACUGUUUUAGACAAGUCUUAAAUAGAUCUAUAUAUGUUACAAAUUACAAUGAUCAUUUAAAAUAUCGAUAAAGUCAAAACAUAUUAUAUCGUCACAUAAAGUUAAUACACAUUUGAAAUACUCAAAUGUCCUUUUAAGACUUAGUGGUCAGUGCAAAGAGGACCGGUUGCGGUGGUCAACGUUAAAAGUAAUUUCAGCAGUCUAUAUGUAUGCAUUAUAGUAUGUUGCUUGCAUGCUCCGCUGAUUAUAACUUAGUAAGAAGAACAGACUAAUCCAUAUUUAUUCUAUUUUAGCUUGAGCAGCGCUUGCAUAAAACACAGUAAAACAAGAUUUUUAAAAGUUUUUUUUUAUAAUUGGUUACUUUGACUGCAUGUGGCAAAAAUGGUUAAAGUAACAGAUAGUAACAUACUGUUCGGCACACGAUCCAAAAGAGAGGUAGUGCCUAGCCAAUCAACUUUUUCUUCCAUUUUGUAAACAAAAUAUUAUUUAUCAACAUAUGUAUAAUAGAGCUAACCUUCGUUCCUCUUUGUGGUUAUAUUGUCCUAAAGCUUAAUAAUGUAUUAUGGCGCAACUUUGUUCCGUACAUUCAAUCUGUGCAGAAUGGAUUAUUAUCAAUGACAAACAUAAGGUUAUAUUAUGGGAUCUUUAUCGUGCAUUUCAUUUAAGUUAUAAGAAAAUGACGUUUUAUAAGUAACGUCCUUUGUUGUUUUUUUUUUGUUUUUUGUCAUAAUAAAAAAAUGUUGCUUUGUUUUUUUUUAAUAUUUGUAAAAUAUAGUAUUUUAUAUUAAAUAUUUUUUUAAAUAUGAUCAAAGUUCAACGGUUAGGUAAUUUAGAAAAAUAAAAUGCUAAAUAACAUUGUAAAUACUGACUGUUAGGCGACAUCUUAUUAUGACUAGAUAUAUUUCUAGACUUGACUAAAUAUAUUGGGGGGAAAAACACUUGUUACAGUGUAUCUAUUUAAAUAUUUUUAAGAUGUGUUUUUUUUCCAAUGUUUUCUGUCAACUUUGUACGGUCUAAUCUUCUAUUCUUAUAUCUAAUUAGGCUCCAGCUUAUUAUUAUAGAAUGUUCUAUUCUCAACUCGAAAUCUGUUCGGGUUAAAAUAUCAGUCUCGUUUUUGUUCGAUUCAUAAUAGACAGAAACCAAUGGCUGACAAGAUGUCUGCUUGUGGAGAACAAAAUUAGGGAAAAAAAAACUGAAUUAAAAUAAAAACAAUAAUUUCAGAGGACUCGCGAAACAAUUACAAAAUCCUGUUUGUUUGUUCUGGCAGUUAGAUGGGUAGACAGCAGUUCUUUAACAUCAUACUUCUCUUGGACGAUCCCAGCACAUUUUAUGUUCUAUCAUAUCUACUCAGUAAAUGUUGAUGUAGAUUUAUUGUUUAUAUUUCAUGCUAAACAUAAAGUUGGAUUGGAAUCUGAAAUGCAACUGUUUGUUUGUUUGUUUGUUUGUUCUCACUCAACAUUCUUGCCAUCACUACUUUGUAAAUACAUUUGAAUAAAGACAUGAAUAUUCAACACGUUAGACAUGUUAUGUUGUGUCUGCUGUUAGGGUCUUGUGGAUGUUGUGUCUGCUGUUAGGGUCUUGUGGAUGUUGUGUCUGCUGUUAGGGUCUUGUGGAUGUUGUGUCUGCUGUUAGGGUCUUGUGGAUGUUGUGUCUGCUGUUAGGGUCUUGUGGAUGUUGUGUCUGCUGUUAGGGUCUUGUGGAUGUUGUGUCUGCUGUUAGGGUCUUGUGGAUGUUGUGUCUGCUGUUAGGGUCUUGUGGAUGUUGUGUCUGCUGUUAGGGUCUUGUGGAUGUUGUGUCUGCUGUUAGGGUCUUGUGGAUGUUGUGUCUGCUGUUAGGGUCUUGUGGAUGUUGUGUCUGCUGUUAGGGUCUUGUGGAUGUUGUGGCUUAGUGGUAAAUCACUUCCGGACCAAAAGCUCCCUAGUGUCCCGAUGAAGUCAAAAAUGUUUAAACAUUGGGAUUUUAUCACGUGACUUGGGUUAAAAAAAUAAAGGUGGUCGGUCGCUGUGCUGGUCACAUGACACCUACGUUUAUUAUGUUAUUAUUUGUAAUGUUGACUUUGUAGCACUUGUGAGAAAACAAAUACCAUUAUGA